ACACACACACACACACACACACACACACGUUAACUGUGUUUCUGCAUGAUGCUGGUAUUCCACUAAGACGGUGUGGUUGGACUAAUUAGAGUGGAAUGCUGCAGCUGCUGUGCUGCUUAGGUGUUAUGCAGCCAAACACAGCCAGCUUUUAUUUUGGUUGUUUAACAAGUCUGCACGUAACUCACUCUCUGUGCACCGAUCCCUGGUGUGCCACAGACUCCCCAUGCCCCCCUCACUUUAACUUAUAAUAAUAAAGCUCCUGCCUGAUGGAGGUGCCGCAGCACAGCCUUGACUGAACGCUGACUCUGCUCCUCUGCUCCAGAGUUGCAUAAGCAGUUGUUUUACCCAAGUUUGCUGAAGAUCAUUAUUAUUAUUAUUUAUUAGAUGCAUGCUGUGUAAUGGUAACUUACACCCACCCUGAGUUAUUAGCUUUGUUUAUAAGUAUAUAAUAGCAUUGCCACUAUGUCUCAGUUAUAAUAAAGUAAUGAUAAAUAUUUAUAUUCAGGAGAUGACCCAUUCCUGGCCUCCUCCGCUCACAGCAAUACACACUCCCGGGAAAGCGGAUCAGACCAAGUUCCCCAUUCCAAACAAGGAGUCCCAGCAUGUGACCUCAGGCUACACCACCCAGAAGCGAUGCACCAUUCCUGCUGCUAAACCUGCAACUGCACCACAGAAGUCAAUGCUGGAAGAUGACCUGAAGAUCAGCAGCGACGAGGAAGAAGCUGAACAACAGGUGUCGGACAAGAGCAAAGCCAGAGGCACGGCCCACAGCGGCGCAUCGGGGAGCAGCAGCGAAUCAGAGAGCAGCUCGGAGUCUGACACCGACGAGUCUGAGAGCAGCUCCAGUGACAGCGAGUAUAACCAGGCCUCACGCACCAACACUCCAGAGCCGGAGCCCCCUUCUACCAACAAGUGGCAGCUGGACAGCUGGCUGAACAAGGUCCAAGCUCAGACCAAAUCCCUGGUUACCCCACAGCCAGAGCACAACUGCACAGGCUCCGUCAGCCAGGAUCCACAGACGUUCUCUCCAGAGACUGAAGCGGGUGGUCCAGCUGCCAAGACCAAGUCCUGUGGUUCCACCAGUACACCAGCUCCAGCUGUGCCUGCAGUAGAGCACAAGGACACGAGGACACCACUGUGCUCGGGCAGGGAGAAGGCCAAAGUCAAGCUCAGCCAGAAGGCCUCUGGGGAGGGUCAGAAGUCAAAGACCAGGCUGUCGCCGGGCUUGUUGUCAGGGCAGGAGGUCACGACCCCAAGGAGGAACACCACUGGGAAGAAACAGCCGAGACGGCCAGAGAGGUCAACCAGUGUGGAAGAAACUCCGAACCAGACAUGGAGCAGAACCAGCCAGCACAGCCCCACAGCGAGAGAGAGGGACCUGUUGCCUCCUCCUCCCCCGGAGCACCUGAACCCCCCAAGGCCACGGAACAAGCCUGUCAGCGGGAAGACGGCCCCGAGGAAAGAACCUCGUGGCACCACCAGCUCCAGCAGCGGCAUGGCCGCUCCACCACCAGCGCUGCAGCCAGCCCCUUUGCCACUUCCUGCUGUCACUAUAAACCAGGACAAGAGGAAGCACAGAGGUCCCAGCACCAGAAUCACACCUAAGUCCAAAGAAUUCAUCGAAACAGAUUCCUCCUCCUCCUCCUCGUCAGAAUGCCAGUCGGACGCUGACGAAGCUAUCAAAAUGUCCUCCCUGCCACCCCAGACGGCACGCGCCGCCAUUAACACGCAAACUCUGUCCAACACACACGCGCCUCUCCUCCCAUGCCUUGGUCCUGCCAGCAGCGCCGGGAAUCUGGAAACGUUUGCAGGAACAGGAAUCCGAGUCAAAGAUGGCAGCAGUGUGACCAGUAACGGCACGGGCAGCGGCGCCAACGGCAGCUGCUGCAGCUCGCUGGGCAUCAGCAACAUAGGUGCUUCAUUUGGGAAUUCUGUUCCCGAUCCGGGAGGGUUAGAAGGGCAGAGUAAAGAUGUAGAGUCCGUGUCGCCUCCUAACGUGCGACACGAGCUGCCUCUCUCUCCCCUGAGGGAGUACCAGGAGAUUCAGAGUUUAUGGGUGAAAAUUGACUUGAGUUUUCUCAGCAGGGUGCCAGGUCAGAGUGUGGGGGAGAGAUCCAGGGUGGCACCUGCAGAACGGGACGGGAGUGCUGGGAGGGACAGAGUGGUCACAGAGAGAGAGAGAGACAGGUUAACAAAGGGAGAGAGACAGGAGGAAGAACAUGAGCACAUAGUGAAGGACAGAGACAGGCCAGGUGACAGAGACACGUUACCAGACCGAGAGAGGCAGACGGACAGAGAGGACAGGGACAGGCUUGCAUCAGGAGACAGAUUAACAACCAGAGACAGAGAGAAGAUCUGCCCAGGUCCGGGAGUGGUAGACAAUGCCCCAGUCCAGGAGCAGAGUAUUCCCAGGCUGGCUGGGAGGAUGGAGAGGGUGGAGAGUGGAGGUAAACACAGACGGCAGGCAGCAGCAAACAUGGUGGCUCUGACAGAAACACACACCAGCAAGAGCAAGAGGAAACACAAGUCGGAACGGCCGGAAUCAUCAGUGAGGUGUAACAAGAAGCUACGUCUGGACAAAGACUGUCUGCUCCUCCCACCGUGCAUCUCCCCCAUAUACAAUCAUAAAAGCAGCUCCUCGGACAGCUCUCUAAACAGGAAGCAAGCUCAACGGCAUGACGAGAAGCUCCUCCCACCCCUGCUGUCCCCGCUGUCUGAUGAACCUCCUCGCAAGCGAACCUGUCACAGCAGCUCUUCUCUCAGCGAGGAGGGCAGCGCCAUCGGAGUGCUGCCCUGUCCCACAUCGUCCUCUUCCACCUCCUCUUCCUCACACAGACACCGGAGAGGGGACGGAAAGGCUUCGGCACAUGUGAGGAGUGGGACCGAGACGGAGCCUCGUGGCGAUAAACCACAUGGAGACGGUUACCGUGCCAACGGUCACUCUGGCUCUGAGGUGUGGCCAGAGACACAGACUGAUCCCGCAGAAGCACGCAGGCCGAGGCUGACGUUCACGGACACUGUCCACAGCGCAGAGUACUACAUGCAGGAGGCGAAGAGGCUGAAGCACAAGGCCGAUGCGUUGAUGGACAAGUUUGGCAAAGCGGUGAACUACGCAGACGGCGCCCUGUCAUUCAUAGAGUGUGGAAACGCCAUGGAGCGAGAUCCGCUGGAGGCCAAGUCGCCGUACACCAUGUACUCCGAGACUGUGGAGCUCAUCAGGUACGCCAUGAGACUGAAGAACUUCAGCAGCCAUUCAGCCACCAUCUUUGAGAAGAGGCUGGCUGUGCUGUGCAACCGCUGUCUGUCUCUGCUGUAUCUGAGGAUGUUCCAUCUGAAGAAAGACCACGCUGUCAAGUACUCACGGUCGCUCAUGGAGUACUUUAAGAAUUCAGCAAAGAGUUCCCACCAAGCCCCGUCUCCCUGGAGGACCAAUGGAAAGGUCAACGGGACUCCAUCACCCCUGGCACUCAGCCCGUCUCCGGCCAGCAGCGGUGGACUAGCAGCAGCAACAGCGGGAGGAGGGGGGGUGGGUGCAUCGGGGUCAUCAGGGUCAUCAGGUAGUGUGGCAAUUCCCCACCGGAUUCACCACAUGGCUGCCAGUCAUGUUAACAUCACCAACAACAUCCUGAGGAGCUACGAGCACUGGGAGACGGCCGAUAGGCUGGCUGCUGACAGCAGAGACUUCUUCCAGGACCUGGACUCAGCCACCAGACCGCUGAGUCAGCAGAGCAGCAUGACCGAGCUGGUGCGCUACAUCAGACAGGGACUGCACUGGCUUCGCAUGGAGGCUCAGCUGUUGUAAAGACUGGAGCAAGCGUCCAAUGAAACCAAAUAAGGAAAUGUUGGUGGAGGGUCGAGGAACUAGAGCCGGAGGAGGCCCAUGACAAUGCCUCACCACCUGCUGAAAUCCUUCAAAUGAUCCAACACCGUGACGGGUCAUUAGUGGGUUAAAAUUCACCUGUAGUUCGAACCAAACCUUGUCUGAGUCUGGAGGCUCAUCAGCCUCAGCAGAUGCUCAGGAGCAGGAGUAGGACUGGAGUUAAAGCCUCAGGCUCAUGUUGAUCCAGCUGGAUCAGUAGAGGUCCAGGGGCCGUGGCCCCUCAGGCUGGAGUCCUCCCCACCCCCUCCAGACACCACCCACCAGAGGUGUGCACACCUGGAUUAUGAUUGCAGUCACAAUAUUCAAAGUGCCACAGCUUCUUAGAUUAAUGACGUUUUCAGAGUUUUACUAUCUGAAAUGUAAGAAAAAGUUUUAUUAGAGGAGUUCAGCCUGAAGCCAAAAGACCACAAUGUCCGAUUUUACUGCUUAUUGGUGAUUAAUAAACACUAAAUAGGAUUUGUUUAGAAGGAGAAACUGAAUGAUUGGAAAGCACAAAGCAGUAGAGAGGAAUGGAUUAAUGGCAUUGUUAUCACAUUGAUAACCUUAAAAAAGAGACGUACUGGUGCUAAAACCAGUGUCUCUCUCUGGCUGCUGGGGACAAAUAGGAGACACUAAACUGAGAAAAAAUACAGACAUUUUCAGAUGGAAUCACAAGGAGUUGGUGCCUAAAACCGUUAUGUUACAACUCUGAGUAUUGUAACAUGUUCUCAUGAACAAAAUUGUCAAAUUUGGAGUUGGAUUUGUCCCUACAUCUCCCAAAACUGUCUCACUCUCCUCCCAAAACUGUCUCACAGUACUCCUGAAGUUUUCUCACAGUCCACUCGAUGCUGUCUCAUGGUCCUCCCAACGCUGUCUUAUAGUACUCCCAAAGCUGUCUCACAGCACUCCCAAAGCUGUCUCAAAGUCCUCCUGAAGCUUUCUCACAGUCCACUCGAUGCUGUCUCACAGUCCUCCCAAAGCUGUCUUAUAGUUCUCCCAAAGCUGUCUCACUCUCCUCCCAAAACUUUCUCACUUUCCACCCAAAGCUGUCUCACAAUCCUCCUGAAAUUUUCUCACAGUCCACUUGAUGUUGUCUCACAGUUCUCCCAAAGCUGUCUCAAAGUCCUCCUGAAACUUUCUCACAGUUCACUCGAUGCUGUCUGACGGUCCUCCUAAAUCUCUCUUGUAGUUCUCCCAAAGCUGUCUCAAUGUCCUCCCAAAGCUGUCUCACAGUACACCCAAAGAUUGCUCUGACCCUUCCAAAUGUUAUCUUACAGUCAAAGCCUUCUCCAACAUCUCCCAAAGCUGUCUCAAAGACUCCCAUAGCUGUGUCACAGUCCUCCCAUUGCUGUCUCACAUUUGUCUCAAAGCUGACUCACAGUUCUCCCAAAGCUGUCUCCAACCCCUCCUAAAUCUAUAUCCCUUUUUCCUCCAAAAGUUUUCUCACAUGUCUUCCGCUUUCUGCCUCAGAAAAGAAAGUGAGAACAACUCUAGCUCACCAACAGCUGCAUUUAGGUGAAAACCUGACUUUGGAAGCUAGUUUUCUGGAUAAAUAUAAUAAAAAGUUACAUUUUUUAUGAGGUUGACAUGACUGUUUUUGGGGAGGAGGUGAGGCUUCCUUCAGAGGAGAGAUGUCCAAAUAUCAGGGAAUAAGACUCCAAAUUCUGCCAUCUGAAACUCAACUCUGAUGAGGCAAUCUCCUAGUUCCUGAAACAGAUGCACCGGAGCUUUUUUCCCCAGAGUAUGACCUACAAGGUAUUCAUUCCUACUAGAGAUUGCUGCAAAUGUAUCGAUUAAAUGAGUAUUCCACCUUUAAAAACACUCAAACAUCAGUCAGCUCCUGUUAUGUGUGAGCCGUUUGUUCUUAAGUCAAAGCAAAAGUGAAACUAACUUAGAGAUUUCAACACCGUUUUAGGUCUCCAGCCCUCCUCCAGCUCCUGAUGAAAGCAGCGCUUUCCCCUCUGGCCCAACAAAGCGCUGGUUUUUAUAGCCAGAUUAUAUCAGUGGUGGAACCAGAAAGAGCUCUGGCUCUGGUUUAGCACUGGGACCAGUUUGGUGUUUGAACUAAAGCUGAACCACGCUCUCUCCAUCUUUAUUUCAUGGUUGAAAUGUUAAAAUAUGUGGAGUAGACAGAAGUGAGCGAUCCAGACAGGAAGUUCUGGGUUGGAACGCUGACGCAGAUUAUUUUUAAUCUUCACUUAAAAAACAAACUGACUUUUUAAAAAAUGGUUUAAAGUGGAAAAAAUGUGAACAUUUCCUACAUUAGGACUGAUUUCUAUCAACUGCGUCUUUCUUGUCCUCCUCUUCCUGUAUGGGCUGCUCAGAUCUAGUUCUCACUAAGGUGUCAAACACUUACAUGAUGGGGGGGUACUAAAAGUUUGGGUACAAUUUGGCUCUAUUUAGGCCCCACCCACAUGCUGGACAAGGUAACGCUGACGUCUGAUCCGGCGCUCCGAUGUCAAAGUAACCCUGUCACUUUGUACAGAUCAGAUCGUCUGCCGGGUCUCCUUUAGCUGUGUUGUUGGUGUGUAUAUGUGUACAGCUGAUUGUCUAGUCUAUCUAAAUCAUUUCUGAACAACCAUGAUGUUUGUGUACCAUAAUGUACAGAUUGUGACUCGCUGUAUGUUUGUUUUUGGUUUUUUGAUUGUCAUGUGAAUGAUUGGAAUGAGGAAGUGAAGCGAGUUAAUUUGGUAUUGAUGAAUACGUGUGUGUGUGUGUGUGUGUGUGUGUGUGUGUGUGUGUGUGUGUGUGUGUGUGUGUGUGUGUGUGUCCAUGGCUGCAUUUACACAGAACCAAAGCUGAGGUGAUUUUGAACUCUUUGUGGUGCAUUUACAAGCAGACCCACCAUUUCCGUGUGGUUUCUCCUCUGUUGCUCUUUGUGCUACAAAAGCCUAAAAUCUGCUUGUGCUGCUUCCAGUAAAUCAGCCCAUCCAGCAUGAGAUUUACACGUUUGGAGUCACGUCGCCAUCGCUGAAUGUGUGUGGAAGACCACAUGGAUGUGGAAAGUAAUUUUUACUUUACCAUAAAAAAAGAACGAAAGAAACUUAAGUGCCUCUAAUUGCGUCCAGUUGGAAUUGCUCUAUUUAUUUAAAGAAACAAAGAAUGGGUUGAACAAAAUUUCAUACCAUAUUGGUAUAAAUAUGAGAUUGUUUUUCGUAAAAUCAGAUGUCUCCAUAAGCUUUUUACUGGCGUUAAUGACGAUGCCAGGGGUUGGCUUUAAGACUCGAAGCAACGAGUGAUUAAACGUGUUGAAUUAGCGUCACUUGCUGUAUUUUUCUUUUCUUGAUGAUUUGAACAAGUUUCAGUUUGUCUGAAAUGCCUGAAACUUUAAAAUCAUUGCAUGCAAUAAACAGUAGCUUCAGACCAACAACUGCUUGUGUCCAUUUCAAGAAAGAAAAACAAAAUCUGUCUCUUUUUUUUUGUCUAUCCUGAUUCCAUCAGCGUAUGAAUGUUUGACCUGAGGAGAGCUGUAUGCUAGCAGGAACAGUCAGGAACCCUGAAGACAAGUUGAGGGUCUAUCUACUGCUUCCUCUCAGCUGAGGGUAAAACGACUCCUUUUACCUUCCACGCUAACAAAGUUAGCCAAAUUUAGCAUUCAGUUCAGCAGGCGGCCACUCAGGCUCUGGCCUUAGCUAACAGAAUCUGUGCACCAGUACAUGCUAACAAACACUCUGGACUCUGUAGUGUGUGAUAAUAAAAGCUAAGCAGGCGUUUCCACCCGAUGCAUAAGCGUUGCGUGACGUUUGUGAAACGUAGCACGCAGCAGUUAGCCGCGGUUAGUGGAUGGGCGCAUUUCCACAGACUGCAAGGUUUAGAACUGGCCCAGAAGCGUAGGUAUGGGUUGAGCUUUGAGUGUAUAUUUUAUUCGCUCCCACAGUCCUAAGAUCAGCUGUUCAGACUGGGCCAGGCAGGAAGUCUAACACAAGAGCAGUGUAAAGCAUCUGGAAACUUUCAAAAUAAAAGUCACAUUCACAUUUCCAAUUGCUGAGCUAGUAAAAAAAAAGUUCCUGAUUUCCUGUGAAUCCUUCAUAAUGGAGGUAAACAGAACAGAAAAUAACUCUCAGACCUUUUAGGAUAUGUGCUGCCAUCACGAUAACUUCUGAAAUCACGCAUGGUGUUGCAAUACUCUGGUGAUUUUGUGACCUCGCAUGACCAAAAGUGUGACAUGCUUUGGAUGUGAUUUAGCUUCUAAAACACUCCAGGUGGGAUGGGAACCCACAGGUAAAAUGUCCUGUAUUUCAUAUGGUGCCUUCUGGAGUUUCAGAACCCCCCAAGGUGCUUUACAAUACAAUCAUUCACCCGUUCUCACAUGCAUUCCCUCCCUGGUGGUGAUGAGCUGCAGUGUAGCUACAGCUGCCCUGGGGGAGAAAACCUCAACCCUCUGAUUGCCGGACAACCCGCUAAAACGCGUCUAUUACAUUACGCGCCGCUCAUGCACCUAGUGGAAAGUCUCGGUAAUGCUCCAUCUUCCAUUUUACUAUUACAGCUAGUUAAGGACUUACGGAAAAACAAAAAGAAGAACAAACAUGUGUUUUUGAGAUUAAAGUCUAAAUAUUGGAAGAAUAAGUUAAAAACUGUUUCCAGAAUAAAUUGGCGGUGUGUAUUUUCCCCUGGUGAUAGGGGGCAGUACAUAUUAGCAAGCAGUACUUUUGUGUUCGAGAAGGACCUUACCAACGGAUGGCCAUUAGGGUGAAAAAUCCCCGGGGUUCUAACGAGUACUUCCUCAUAUCGUUCAACCUCCAGCAAAAUGACGAGCACAUCAAACUGCUUUUCAUCACUGGCAACGAGCGAAGAGGCAAAUGUGUAAAACAACAACGACAACCCAGCUUGUCGGAUCCUCUUAAACAAAAAUGUGUUUAUUUUUACUGGUUUUCUGUAAAACCCACACUAAUACUGCAGCUUUGAUGCAGUUCCAAGUGCAAAAGUAUUAUGUUAAUAUUAAAAGCUACAACAUGACAAAAGACACAUAGAUAUUUGUGCCAGCGCUGCUAAACGUUUUGAUUCUUUUAAUCUCAAAAUAGAUUUUCUAUAUUUUAACUUUUUUAAACCCUUACCCAUUUUCUCACUACUUUUGUUUUGAGCUUUUUGACUUUCAUCCCAAACUGGGUAAUCAACAGAAUCUGGGCCCUGAAACACAUCAGAAAACCCUGCGUUAGCAUGAUCCUGCUACCAAUCAGGCAAGCAUUCAGAAACCGGACCAACUCUGGAGUGUUAGAACUUCCCUAAGCCCAAGAAGCAUGGAGUAGUGUAACUUGGUGAUGAACAGAAAAGGACUAGCUGUUUGUUGUUUAUGCUAUAAGCUAAGCUAGCCAGCUAUGCUACUUGCGUCAUGUUUCCCACCUGCCGGAUGCACAGUUCUGAGAAUGUUUGCCUGGAGAGAAGAAACUCAGAGCCCACUUUGUCCCGGUUUACACAACGAGAUAAUGCCAACUCCUCCCUGAUUACACUCUAAAGAUAAUCUUCGCAGAUAUUCCUGCCAUGUGUGGUGUGUUAAGAGUGAUCUGGAGGGACUGAUCGGAGGCACAACUGGAUUGCUCCGAUCAUAAAUCGAGGAUAUUCAAAAUGUUGGAUUGUCUUGGUCUGAUUUCGAUGACAAACAAAUUUACUUCCUGUUGUGUAGCCAAUCAGAAAGUGAGGCUGGAGAACUAUGCUCCCUCUCCGCCAUGUUUGUUUACUCCAAAGUCAAAUUUGAUCUUGAGAGGUUUUGCGAGCUUUCCAGUCUGGCUGGGGAAUGUUCACCACGCGCUGUAGGACCAAAACCGAUCUUUUUUUUAUCCCGCCGUGUGAACAGAGCCUUACCAGAUGUUAGUAAUCACCAAUUCCCAGUGAUUACCCGGAGAGUCCCAGUUAGCCAAACAAAUGUCUCCUCAACCAUGUUUCUUUGAUCCAGACCAGACCAAACCCUAACCACUUCAACGACGUUUGAUGCAGUUUUGUUCUGUGGUGAAAAAAAUGCCCGUCUCUGCUGAACUCGUGCUACACAUGUGUGUCCUGGAAAUACUCCGCGUGGCUCAGUCAUACUGCUGGCAUCUCAUUAGAGAUCCCAUUAGUUGCUUUUGCAUUAUCACAGUUGUCAACAUAUUUAUGAAAAGCAGCAAAGCACCAGCGAUUACAAUGGAAAGCUAAAUAGACUGAUUGAUUUCUGACAGCAGAUGGUAGCACGAUGAUAGUACUGGGAUAAUCUCUCCAACAGUGAUGAGUCUCUCUAAAAGUUAUUUGCAAUUCAUAAAAUCACAGAUAUGCUCUAAUUGCUUCGGAGUGCCGAAGCUGCAUCCAACUGAAACUUGGAGUGUUACAACGAAAAAGGUUGUUUUCUUUUCAUUUUGCUCUUUUCUCAAAGCUUUUCCCUUCCAUCGGGAUUUUUAAUUUUGCUGUUUAUGUUUUACAAAUGCAUGAGUUAAUUCUCCUCCUACAUGCGGAGUCUGUUUUGUUAUCUAGAGGAUACCUUCUAGCAUCGUGGUUUGUGCUUUGGAAACCAUGUUGGAUUUUACUACCUUUCACCAAUAUUUUUAUUAAGAUUUAAUUAUAAUGAGAAACAAUAAAGACUUUCAGGGGGAACUAAUUGUUUUUGCUCAUGUUUUUUUGACCUAAUAUCACAGAUAUUCUCCUCUAGUAAGUAAGCUUUACCUCUCACAGACAAAAAGGUCACAAAGUGCUUCACAAGUUAAAACAACACACCAAAAGGCUACUAUAAAAUACAGUCACAAUAUACAUAAAAAGUCGUAUACAGCCAAUCCGCAUACAAAAUAUGUUUGGAACGCCCGGAGAAACAAAUGGGUUUUCAGAUUGCUCUUAAAAGCAUCAACGGAGUUGAGUGGACGUAAGAACAGAGGUAACUCAUUCCAGAGCCUUGGUGCGACGGCCUGGGAUGAGCAAUCUCCUCGUGUCUUGAAUCGAGUACGGGGGACCAUAAGAAGAUUUUGAUCCAACAAUCUCAACCUCUAAAGCUCCUCUAAAUCCGAAACCAUGGUCUUGAGUCUGAAAAAGGUAGAAUGUCUUCUCAGGGAUGAGGUCCUGCCCCAAGCGAAGGAGUUUAAGUAUCUCGGGUUCUUGUUCACGAGUGAGGGAAAGAUGGAGCGUGAGCAGUUGUGCUGCAUCUGCAGUGAUGCGGGCGUUGUACCGGUCUGUCGUGGUGAAGCUCUCGAUCUACCGGUCGAUCCUACCCUCACCUAUGGUCACGAGCUUUGGGUGACCGAAAGAAUGAGAUCACGGAUGCAAGCGGCUGAUAAGAGUUUUCUCUGUUGGGUGGCUGAACUCUCCCUUAGAGAUAGGGCGAGAAGAUCAGCCAUCCGGGAGGGGCUCUGAGUAGACCUGCUGCUCCUCCACAUCGAGAGGAGCCAGUUGAGGUGGCUCGGGCAUCUGGUCAGGAUGCCUCCCUGGUGAGGUUUUCUGGGCACGACCAACUGGGAGGAGACCCAGGACAUGCUGGAAGGACUAUGUCUCUCGGCUGGCCAGGGAGCACCUUCAGGUUCCUCCUGAGGAGUUGACCUAAGAAGGUGGGGAGAGGGAGGUCCCGACCAGGUUCCGGAUAAACUGCUGAAAAUGGAUGGAUCACAGAUAUUUUCAGCAGUGAUGAAAUGUUCUGAUUACCAAUCAGAUGGGUUGUCUGGUUUUGAGUUGCCAGGAUGUAGAAAACACCCAAACAACAGUUUCAGGUUGAGGUUGAGGGUUCAUGCGUCGUAAAUGUUGUGGAGGAGUAACAGGAGCUGCUGUGGGGUCGAUCCUCUCGUUUAAUCGACUCCACCGCAAUAACAGAAUAACGAUUCAGGAGGCGCCAAAAACAUGUGAUCUGGGUGUGAGUGGAGCCCCCUGGUGGACAGCAUUACCCUUUGUCCCAACGGCAGCGUAGGCAUCGUUCUUUUCUCCUUAGUUUCCCUCAGGAAGACUUUGAUUGCGUAGCAGAAACAUUUAACGAGUUUUUUUGCUCUACAGCCCCAAACGCUGCCGCAAACCGUCCAUGUUUUCGUCCCAAAUUACUCUUCUGAAACAAUCCUAACGUUCAUUUUUGACUCGUGCGUAGCAAGUCUGUGGCGGCCAUUUUUCUCCUCAUGUGAAACAUUGCAGCAUCAGAUCACAAAGACCUGAAACGGUUCUGAUGAGAUGGAACAGCAGGUUGAUGGUUUUCAUUCGUUACGGCAGAGUCCAGCGGGGCCAUGUUCUGUACUUCUCAAUAAGGUCCAAACUGAUUUUCAUAGAAUGACUGAGAUGUGACACCUUAAAGCGCAGCACAAACGACGUCUGAUCGCAAUAAAUGCUGGGACAAUGUUCUGAUCGGUACGUCCUCUGCGUGUUGGAGCAAUAGCUUCCUUUUCUAAAAGUUGUAGCAGCCGGUGUGCUGCAGAGUUGGUGCAGCAGACUGCUCCGCUGACAUCAUAGCAUCAUCCAGGGUAAAAUGUGGUUAAAUCUGAACAUUUCAAGGUUCCUGUUAGUGGAUCUGAUGACAUCAGCGUUUUAAAGAACACAUGUCCUACAUGGUGUUGCACCACUGCAGCUGUUUUCCUGUUCCUCCGUGUUUUGGCCUUUUCUAUGGUUCUUUUUUAUAAUGAAGUUGUUCUAUGUGAUCAGAAGUUGUGAUGCAGUUUUGUUGUUUUUGAAUAUUUAAUGUCUCUGAAAUAUGGAUUAAACUCUCUUUGAACCAGU